AUGGGUUGUAUACAAGUGAAAGUCACACCAAAUGCACUGGAGAAAUCCAAUUCAAACGUCUCACAUGUUGAUACCGUCCAAGAUAUAUCAGGUGACUUAAACAUCUCAAAAACAUAUUCGACAGAUGUUUAUGAAAACCCAUUAUCAAUACCAACAAAACAAGUUGUUUCAUCGAUCAUUUCCAAUGAGUCAGAAGAUUUAACACCACAUUCAGAAUCUGUCAUAUCAAAGACACCUAAUAAAACAACCGAAUCAAACCAUUAUCAUAAUACUAUUAAUAAAGAAAUUUCAAUGGAGGCUGAUAAAUCAAAUCCACUUAAGAACAUAAUUAUUGCUUCGACAUCAAUCGAUUCAAACGAACCUCCAAUAUCUAAAGAAAAUAUUUCCAAAUCACAAAUCAAGAAUGUAAAUAUUUCGGAUAUUCCUUCUGUAGACAGCAAUAUUCCCGUUGCAUUGAAUGAAUCAUAUCGAAUUUAUCAUCCUAUCAAUUCACCAUCGAUCCACUCAGACACUGUAGUAUAUCGUCACAAUGCUAACGAACGAUUGUUAUCUGCGACAGAAAAUGAACUUGAUACGUAUCAAGAAUCAAUACAUAAUAAUGAUUGUAACGAAUCAGAUACAUCUUUUCCCAUUCGUGAUAGUAUUAUCAGUACAACAUCGAUCGAUUCCGAAGAAUCGGUAACAUCUCGAAUAGAACACUAUAGAAGUAUAUUUGUUCGUCCGAAACAUACAAAUCUUCGACAAAGACGUGUUAGUGAAUCAAACGAGUCCGAACUGAAACAUGAAAAACGUGAUAGUUCAGUAGUUGUAGAGUGA